AUGAAACAGCAUGUAAUGAAAAUAUGGAAGACAUCUCCUCUUCUACAUUUUUUCCCCCCCAAAUUCCACAUGGAAAAGUCACAAUGCGGGGCAAACUGGAGCUGUGAGAUGAUUGGCUGGUCAAAAGUGAGGUAAGGUACUUCAUACUUCAUGUUGUAUGAAGAGCCGUGGUGUGCUGUGUGAAAGAGAUUGGGGCAAGGAGACAGGAAGGGAGGGGAGAGAGAUGGGUUGAGAGAGAUGGAGAGAGAAAGAGAUGUUGUUGCCAGGGAACAGCAGCCAUAUAGCGGACGACAGAAAACAACUGCGGGAUUAUCCAGCAGAGUAAAGGAUACAGAGACCAAAGCUCAUUUCCCCCAAGUUACAAUUAAGCUGGUGCCGUGGAGGAUUUUGUUUCAAGGGAAACGAUUUGGAACUGGUAAAAAUUGUGAGGUUGUACAUGAAUACACAUGAGGACAAAGAUGGAAGCUAGAGAGAAGGACCAUGGUGCCAGAGCAGAUGCAUUCCCAUUAAAGGAAUUUUGUGUCUUGGUGGGUUGAGAAGCGGGCUGUGGGCUCAUUCGUCACGGCCAAUCUUUCUCCAACAAAGGUGGCCGGAGCAGGAGGAGAGGAGGGGUGAUCCACAACAGAGGUCUCCCCUGUCUUCAGACACCUGCUGCCUGCUAGUUGCUGACACUCUGGACACUGUAGGGCUGUGUCUACUUUGCAGUGUGUAUGCAUAUAAAUUGAUGAAAGACAGACUGACCCAUGCUUCUCAGUUGAUAUGGGAGAUUCUUGCCUGAAAUCCUUGCAUCUGUGACCAAGGAGGAAAAAGACACUCAGACAUAGACCUGAGGGAGAUUUGGAUCUCACCGUUCAUAUCCGUGUUCUUCCCUCUGAGGGAUGGGCACAACGGAGGCAACUCUACGAAUGGAGCACAUGGAAGUAAAAGACGAGUGGCAGGAUGAAGACUUCCCCAGGCCUCUCCCUGAGUACGGAGACAUGGAUCCCUCCUGUGGACUCACAGACAACAGAGUCUCUCCUCCUAAUUCCUUACACAUGAGCCCACCUGGAGGAGGGGGUGUCGUGGGUUCGUCUCACCGCAAACGCCGCACCCUAGUGGCCCCUGAGAUGAAUCUGUCCUUGGAUCAAAGUGAAGGUUCUCUGCUGUCAGAUGAUUUCCUGGACACCCCGGAUGACUUGGACAUCAAUGUGGACGACAUUGAUACACCGGAUGAAACAGAUUCACUGGAGUUCAUAACCAACGGCAAUGACCUUGAGUGGGAAGAUGACACACCGGUGGCUUCAGCCAAGGCGGGUCCCGGCGGAGGCUCCGGAGCACCGGCUGAGCUUGGGAAUGCAAACAAUGGGCGACUGUGGAGAACUGUGAUUAUUGGAGAGCAGGAGCACCGUAUCGACAUGCAGAUCAUCAAACCGUACCUCCGGGUCAUCACACAUGGAGGUUAUUAUGGAGAAGGCCUGAAUGCCAUCAUUGUGUUCUCUGCUUGUUACCUGCCUGACAGCAGCUGUCCAGAUUACCACUACAUCAUGGAAAACCUCUUUCUAUAUGUGGUCAGCAGUCUUGAGAUGCUGGUGGCCGAAGACUACUUGAUCAUUUACAUGAACGGAGCCACCCCUCGGAGUAAGAUGCCUGGAAUCAGCUGGCUGAAAAAAUGCUACCAAAUGAUUGACAGAAGGUUGAGGAAGAACCUCAAGUCUCUGGUCAUUGCUCAUCCUACAUGGUUUAUACGCACAGUUUUGGCGAUAUCCAGGCCUUUCAUCAGUGUGAAGUUCAUGAAUAAGAUCCGGUACGUCCACAGUUUGGAUGAACUUGCAGAGAUUGUUCCCAUGGAGCACGUCCAUGUUCCCGAGUGUGUGAUGCAAUAUGAUGAAGAAAGGAUUAAAGCCCGGAGGGAAAGGAUGGAGCAGGAGCGGCGACAGCAAGAGCAGCAGUCAGUCCCACAGGGGCCAAUUAAAAGCUCUGUGAGGCCAAAAUCAAUGAUUGUGGAGCAAUGAUUAUGAGAAGGACAAGACCUUGAGUGUGCAGGGGGUGACAUAGAGACAUCCAGCAAGUCAACACUUUCUCCCAUAUUUUAUGCAUAACCAGCUGAUUUCUCAUGUUGUUCCCCAGUCAAAAGGAUAACAACUCUGUCAUUUGAUAUUUAAAGUGGGAUACUCUCCCAGCUUGAAAAUGUACAAGUGGCUGUUCUGUUACAGAAGCUGUUCUCAUUGGAAGUUGUUGCUGCCUGUUGCAAGACCUGAUUUGGGAUUGAUAUUGAAUUGCUGGACCAUGAUGAGGCAUUUAAUUGAUUUUGGGGGUUUUUUCAGUGAUGUAAUUUAUGUUGAGAAAGAUUAUCACUCCCUCUGAUUUAAUAAUAAAGCAUAAAUCAGAGUAACUGAAAAAAUGCAUUUUUUAAAGCUCAAAAUGUAGAGUGCUUCUCCAACUUCAGUGGCAAAAACAUGAACAUUUUUAAGAUGCAACACAUUGGGAGGAGAGUUUUUAUGUGAGAGCUCCACUAAAAUAAACUGCUCUCUCUCGCUGCAAGUUUUUGAAGAUAUCAUUGUGUCAGAUGUAGCAAAGUGAAAGUUGCCUUCAUCUGUCUUUCUUUUUACCUCAUAGCUGCUGUAUCUUUAAGGCCUUUCCAAGCUCUGUCUUAAUUGUUCUGGUAUUUUUUAAAAAGUCUAAAUAUACUAACAUUUCUUUAUGUCAGUCUUUUCUCUUCCUGACCUCAGUUGCUAUGUGAACUAUCUCUUAUACUGUAUUGUGUGCUAUGAUGUGCCUGCAUAACUACACACCUGCAUUUUCUAAUCUAGAAAACCCACAUUUUAAAAAGAUCUACAGGACAAAUUAACAGUUUGAUAGUUAGUUUGUUAGUUUGUAAGUAUAAUUUUCAUUUUGCUUCCUUCCACAUUCAUGUUUUUAUAGACUGAACAGAUACUAACACAGUCAGAGAUUCCACUUUAGAUUGGACAUAGGAAAUAAAAUACAUCAAAUUUAUUUCUAAUGCAUUUUAAGAUGUUAGUUUUAUGCUUAGACUUAAAAAUACUAUGAUGCAAAAAGUAUUUGCUCACCUAUGUUUGGAGACAUUUGAAAUUGUCUUCCUUUUCCUAAACCACAGGGUUUAAAAUUAUUUCAGAGCACCCUUUGCAUCUGUAGCAGCUUCAGAUCAUUUGGGAAGACUUUGCAGGAGGUUUAGGUAUGGUUUUAUUUUAUUUUAGACCAUUCUUCCAAUAUUGCAUUACUGAGGUCAGACACUACUUUUGGAGAAUACUUGGCUUGUAGUCUAAUUCAUAUCAGAGCUGUUCUGUCGGGUUGAGUUGAUUCACAACUCCACAGGUCUUCACUGCUCUAGAGUCCAGUGUUGGCUUGCUUCACACCACCACUACUGAAGUUUUUCAUCAUCUUUCGUUCUGUAACACAUGGGUGCAGCUGCUUGUUCAUGGAAACCCACUUCACAAAGCUCUCUAAAUCAAGUUUUUUUGAGCUAAUCUUUAGGCCACAUGAUAUUUUGAGGUCUGUAGUGGCUGUCUCUGCAGAAACUAUGACCGUCAGCAUCUGCUAUCCCCUCUCUUAUUCUUAGAUAGGUAAGAUUUAUGCAGCUUGGAUUUUGCCCAUUUGGAGAGUAUCAACUUCAACUUGUUUUUAUUAAAAGCAGAAAUAUUGAAACAAGAUUAAGCAAUCAGAAAAUCCAUUUUAUUGUUAUGUUGUCUGUGUUUACAGCCUCUUGAAGUAAGGGAAGAGAACAUUUCAAUCACAUGCCUGGUAACGUUUGUGUUUUUGAUGUUGAUUUGCACUACUGCAUUUGGUUUCUUACAGAAUGUUACUGUUUUAUGUUCAAUGACUGUUUUUAAUUGUGAUGUGAGCAAAACCCAUGUAUUUAGGCAUGUUUCAUAAAGUAAACAGUUUUAAAAAGCUCACUUCACAUUCUGUUAACUUUUUUAACCAGGAAUUCUGCAUAAAGGGUUAAAUAUUUCUUUCUCUGUGUAUCAUGUUUUCACAUUGUUUCCAAAUAGGCUGGUUUUGUGGCUGAACAGAGUGCCUAUUGUUGAACUCGAAUGAAAUCUAAAUAGAUACCAGAAUGUAAAGUGAAGCAUUUUGUAUUUUCAUUUUUAUUUAUAAUGUACCAAUGCCAUGAGAAAUCCUGGCAUACACCUGCCCUGUAGUUCUUCUGAAAUAAAAAUCCUCAUUUUCACUGUAAAAGCACAACACAAACAUAUGUCUAUCAUUUUACUGUAAAUCGUUUGCUCAGAUUAAAAUGAUCAUGUGAACUCUCACUUGUCAUGGUCUAAAACUGGCUGUAAAUAUGGCAAAAAUAAAAUUAAAUCCUUCAA